AUGUCUCUGUGGUUUCUGUUCUCAUUCCUGACCGUGACUUUCGGCGAAGUUUCGGCGGAGCGCUUUGAUGAGUACGUCAAAGAUGCCCAGAGGGAGACGGUGUUUACGCAGAACGGCAACGACCGGUUGCGGGCCGCUGUUAAGCAGGUCGAGGAGCAAAACGAGGACAAAGUUGCGCUGUACCACGUGUUGCCGCUGAACGGCUACCUGAUGGCUUGGCUGGUGCAUGGCAUCACGGCCAAAGAGAGCCUGCAGUGGCAGAACACACCGGGCGUUUCUGCUGAGCUGAACUUCAGUCUCCGCCACUUUGAGCCUGGCAUGAGCUUUCCGUCCUUCACCCGGCACAAUGCAUCCCUCUGUCUUGGCGGCCAUAAUCGAAAAGUGCGGACAGCCGAUCCUAACACAGCGAAGGUCCUGGGCGAUGGCGAUUGGAGCAACUACUACUUGACUGAUCCCUACGAGAUCACAUACAGCACGACAUCAAAGGAAUAUGAUGACUGCCACGCCCUCGUGUACUCUGAGUUGGUGGACGACAACAAGAAGAACGGCCCACUGCUGGAGGAAGGAGUCCUGUCAACUGCGCAUGUCCACACGGCCAAGCAGUUCGCCGAGUACUUGGACGACAAGGUCGGUGAGAGGUGGCAGGACACGCCUUUCCCGAGUUCCUCCGCAGGGAUGACGACUGUCGGAGUCCAGGAAAGACUCCUCGAUGCACAGAUCAACUUGCUCGGCAGGGCGGCCAUCGGUGCGAAGCAAGACCGAACACCAAGCAUGUGGGCUCACUUCACAUACACUGAACGGGUGAUUCAAGACUUGACUGCAGACCAUCUGUCGGAACAAUCUAUCUGGUCAGAUUUUGGGGAUAGAGCGCCUUUGCUUGACCAAGUGCUUGACUCCUACAGCCUUUCGCCAGCGACACUCCAGAAGGUUUCCAACUUGCUGUCCCUGUUGAGAUGCGCAGCACAGUUUCGAUUUCCGAUCCACCAGCAGAACUUCUAUUUGAGGACUUUAAUCAUGAAUGAUUGCUGGGAAGGAGAUCGACAGCCCUUCCCACCGGACCUGCCGCUGAUGAGCCUUGAUGAUGUGGCAAGUAAGCGGACGAAGGAUGCGACCAUCGCCCUGGAAACUGGUGGCCUACCAGACACCCGGGGCUUCUCGAGGGUCCUCUUGCAAGUGGUGCUGCCGAAGCACGUGGCCAAUGACCUGGCCUAUGUCAGCACAGACUGGUUGGACAAGACGGGCCCUCCACCCGGCCACCAACAUAAGGAUUGGAGAGGUGUCAGUUUCAUGGAUGCCUACAAAGCCUUGAAAAACACUGCAAAAGGUGACGAGGUCACGGCACGCAUGCUCUUGAAGCGGGACUGGGGUCUUGCGCCCUCCGAUACGACAGAGUCCGUGAAGAUCAUUGCCACUUCCAUGGUCUUUGCCGACUCGGAUUUUAUGGAGUUCGCCGCAAGCGUUCUCGAGGACAUCCGAAACUACGUGCUGCAGCACCCGAAGAGAAAGAAAGAGGAGAGCUCGCCAUGGCCUUCGUGGGUUCUCAAAGUUGUCGUGCUGGUGCUGUGCCUUGGGCUGCUGAUGGGCUGCCUUGGGUACAGGCGCCACCACCUGAGGGCCACGACCGCAGCAAUGACUGAUGUGGAGCUUCCCGAGCAUCCGCGGCGGGUCUAA